GGAUAGUCAUAAAAGGGAAUGUUGACUAGUGAAUUGUCUAUUUUGCAGCAAAGUGCGCAAAGGCACUAUAAACUACAAGUUUCUGUCCAUGUUGCAAUCGAGAUGAGCAUAUGAAAGAAGAGAAGGAAGAGGGACUUGAGUGUGAUGAAUAUUAAAGCUUCAAGGGCAAGAAAGAAAGAGCGGAGGGAUCAACUUGUGAAGUAGGCAGAGAAGUAGAAGGGCCGAAGUGCAAAAAUGCAGAUAUGAGGAGAGGGUCAAAAUCCCUAGCAGCAGCCCCGAUCCCCUUUCGGGCCUGGCAUCACAUCUCUCUCCCUCACCCCUCCUCCUUCACCUCCGGCCGCCGCCACGGCCAGGCCGGCGUGGUGGUGCGCCAUCCAGCCACCACUCCAUUACCGUCCCUCCAACGCCAUCCAUCACCAACGCCAACACCCACUACCAGCAUCCACCACUCACCACCAUCUCCAGCCACCGCCGCAUCUUGCACGCCCGACCAGACAAGGGCGGCACGGGCGUCUGGUCAUCCGCGUGAACGCCCCCGCGCUGCUGCUCUUUCUCUCUUCCUCCCCUGCUGCUGCUCCUCCACCUUUCUUCCUCUCCUAACCUUGUUGCUGCUCUUCUACUUCUUCUUCCCGCAUCCCCGCUGUCCUGCUCCUUCUCUGAACCUGCUGCUGCUAUCGCGCUUUGCUACUCCCCACGUCUCUACUGCUGCAUCUCUGCUCCUCUCCCUAGCGCCUCCAUACUGCUGCUACUACUCCUUUCCUUUGCUGCUGUCCCAUCUCUCCUACCCCUGCUGCUUCUCUCCUCACGCCCAUGCUGCUGCUCCAUUCCCAAUCUUGCUGCUGCUCUCUCUCUCUCUCUCUCUCUCUCUCUCUCUCUCUCUCUCUCUCUCUCAAAUUUCUGUAAUCUUCAGAAGUGUCAUAACUAGUACUAUGUAAUGUUCAGUUUUGAUAAGUGUAGUAUCCUGCUGUUUGGUUCAGUUUCGAAUUUGUAAUAUAAAUGCUUGAUUAGUAUCCCCUGACUAGUUGAUACCUUGUUACUUUGGGAGAUACUUGAUCUAUUAUAUUUUGUUUCUAUCAAUUAGCAUUCUGCUAGUAUAUGUGUGUGUGUGUGUCAGUGUAAUUCAUCAAAAAUAUUGUUGUGUGAUGAUGAUAUUUGUUCAGUCCGAAUACAUGUGUGUUUCUUACUUAUUUUGUUGACCAGUGACAGUUUGUACUGUUACAUUGUGUCCCUCAUUUCGAAUGUAUGAGAUCUAGCUAUAUAUGCCAUAUAUAUUCUGUACUUGCUGAUGAUUAGUGUCCAUUUUAUUGUUCUUGUGAUAUAUACACAUAUGUGUGUGUUAUGUUCAUGUCCUUUUUACUUCUCUUGUCAUUGAUGUUAGCUUGUGUUAGUAUCUUAAUUUCUCAAGUAUUACAAAAAUACCAAAAAGAAAGUUAGUAAAAUCUGAAUCUACAUUUGCUUAUCCGCAUUUUCAUUGGUGACAAUCUUGAUAGUUUAGGUUUACUUUCUGUUCUCAUCAUCUAAAUUCUGUCACCUAGCUUUAGCCAGAGCAUAGUCGCCGUCGUCUAGUCCCUGUGGAGAACACGACAUCCGCAGUUCGGGCGAAAUAUCUCGCUGUACUUUCAAUUGAUCAUUUUGGCGCCGUUGCCGGGGACUAGCGUCGAGCGAUUGUGUGAGGUUAUAGACUAGGGUUUUCUUGUUUUUCCCGUUGUGCUAUAUAUAUGUGAUAUAUCUCUAACCCCUAAUCCUUGUUCAAGUUAUUUUCUCUUUCUUUGCUUGGUCAUUCUGCAGGUUAUUGCAUCUUCUCAGAUAUGGCUUACUAUUCAGAUCAUCAUGCUUAUGCGAGCAACACUACAAACAGCACAGAAAGUAUUCAAGACCUGAUAAGUAAGAUUUCCCAUCGAUUAGAUGAUUUAGCUCGGCAGCAAGAAGUAGUUUUUGAGGAUAGGCCUAGCUCUUAUGAUCCUUAUUCUAGAGGCCAUCCUUAUGUUGCUCCUACCUGCCAUAUUUGUGGAUUUCAGGGCCAUUCGCCCGCUGAAUGUCAGCGUGGUUACUCUCACCCUCCCGAUUGUUAUGGCAUGAGCUUCGCCCCACAGCCUAGCUCAUACCAAAAUAAUUACUCAUAUGGGUGGCCUGGAAACCAUAAUAUGUCAUAUAGGAGCAACAACCCUGAGAUCUCAUCGUUUGCCUCUAGUAAUCAUAUGCAGGGAAUUAGGUACAAUGAGGAGAGCCACAACUAUGUACCACCACAAUUUUACUCACCUCCUACUCAUAUACCUCAACACCAGGAGAUGUUGCCAAUGGAGUUAAAUGGUCCUCCAUUUGGUCAACCAACACCUUCAACACAAGUGCCUACUCAAGAUGAGUUCGAUGACAUAGACAAGCUCACACUUUUGAGUCUCGAGUUCACUUGGAGUGCCGAGGAUGAUCCUAUUAGGAAGGUUAUACUAGAGGAAAUGAAGAAGAUCAAGAGUGGGAAUGAGCUAGUGGAAGAAGUAAAGAAGAUUGAGAAGAACAUCAACGCUGCCAGUACUAUUUCUUCACAGCUUGAGCUGAGUGUUUCUGGGAUUCCUCUUGAUACAUGUGAGGUUCCAACACCUUCACAUUCAGCUGAGCAAGAUAGCGAGAGUCCAGAGGAAGAGAUACUUCAGAUCCAAGAAGAAAUACUCAAAGCCAAGGAACAAGAUGAUCUAGAGCUCAAAUGCCCAAGUGAUCAACUUGAAGAUCCAAUGUCUUUCUCCCCUGAAGAAGUAAAAGAAGCUGCUGUAGUUGAAGAUGAAGAACCAGAAAUACAUUUGCCUAUUGUCAUACAUGAGCGUGAUGUGUCAGGUUUACCCAAUCCUCUUGAUGACAUGCUCCCUUAUGAUUUCUUUGCUUCUAACUUGCAUUGCAUGAUGCCAUUACUUAAGGUAGAUUUGAAAAACUAUUUGCUUGGACAUGAUCAUACACAUCUUGUUAGUGGCAUUACUCUCAUUUGUGAUGAUCACAGUUACUUUCCUCGUGCUAGUCCUAUGCUAAAUGAAACAUAUCAUUCCCAUGCUAGUCUUGAGCUUAAUGAUAAAUAUCAUCCUCAUGUUAGUGUUGACUUUGCUGAUUUCUACCAUCCUAAACAUGUGCUUUAUAGAUAUGCUUAUGUAAUUGGAUAUUUGAUUGAUGACUUGGAGGGUAUUAUCCCUACCACCUGCAUUGUCUCUUUUGUUGAGAGUUCUUUCAGGUUUUUGCUUGUGCACGAUCCACUACAUGCUGACAAGGUUCGAGGUGACAUUCCUUGGGACCCUGGUGGACUCAGAGCAUGGUGACGAGGAGAAGCAAGGGGCACACACAAAGAAGAGUGAAGCUGGAGCAUCCAUGAUGAAGCAAAGGUGAAGAGCUGCAGUUGGUGAGAUGAUCGAGCGAGUGCUACAUCAUUUGAAGAGCCCGCAAAGUGCGCAAAGGCACUAUAAACUACAAGUUUCUGUCCAUGUUGCAAUCGAGAUGAGCAUAUGAAAGAAGAGAAGGAAGAGGGACUUGAGUGUGAUGAAUAUUAAAGCUUCAAGGGCAAGAAAGAAAGAGUGGAUGGAUCAACUUGUGAAGUAGGCAGAGAAGUAGAAGGGCCGAAGUGCAAAAAUGCAGAUCUGAGGAGAGGGUCAAAAUCCCUAGCAGCAGCCCCGAUCCCCCUUGGGCCUGGCAUCACAUCUCUCUCCCUCACCCCUCCUUCUUCACCUCCGGCCGCCGCCACGGCCAGGCCGGCGUGGUGGUGCGCCAUCCAGCCACCACUCCAUUACCGUCCCUCCAACGCCAUCCAUCACCAACGCCAACACCCACCACCAGCAUCCACCACUCACCACCAUCUCCAGCCACCGCCGCAUCUUGCACGCCCGACCAGACAAGGGCGGCACGGGCGUCUGGUCAUCCGCGUGAACGCCCCCGCGCUGCUGCUCUUUCUCUCUUCCUCCCCUGCUGCUGCUCCUCCACCUUUCUUCCUCUCCUAACCUUGUUGCUGCUCUUCUACUUCUUCCUGCAUCCCCGCUGUCCUGCUCCUUCUCUGAACCUGCUGCUGCUAUCGCGCUUUGCUACUCCCCACGUCUCUACUGCUGCAUCUCUGCUCCUCUCCCUAGCGCCUCCAUACUGCUGCUACUACUCCUUUCCUUUGCUGCUGUCCCAUCUCCCCUACCCCUGCUGCUUCUCUCCUCACGCCCAUGCUGCUGCUCCAUUCCCAAUCUUGCUGCUGCUGCUGCUGCUCUCUCUCUCUCUCUCUCUCUCUCUCUCAAAUUUCCGUAAUCUUCAGAAGUGUCAUAACUAGUACUAUGUAAUGUUCAGUUUUGAUAAGUGUAGUAUCCUGCUGUUUGGUUCAGUUUCGAAUUUGUAAUAUAAAUGCUUGAUUAGUAUGCCCUGACUAGUUGAUACCUUGUUACUUUGGGAGAUACUUGAUCUAUUAUAUUUUGGUUCUAUCAAUUAGUAUUCUGCUAGUAUAUGUGUGUGUGUGUGUGAGAGUGUAAUUCAUCAAAAAUAUUGUUGUGUGAUGAUGAUAUUUGUUCAGUCCGAAUACAUGUGUGUUUCUUACUUAUUUUGUUGACCAGUGACAGUUUGUACUGUUACAUUGUGUCCCUCAUUUCGAAUGUAUGAGAUCUAGCUAUAUAUGUCAUAUAUAUUCUGUACUUGCUGA